AAACGUUUCAAACGAGAUUCAUUUGUUACGCGCGAAAGUGGUGUGUUAUUGAUAUAGUGUUUGAUUUGCUGUUGGAGUAGUGGGUGUGUAUGCCAAGAAAUAACUAUGACUGUAACAAACUUAGCUUUGAGUAAAGAGGUUGAAAGCAAUAACAUGUUCCUGACGCCGGCUGCGAAGAAAAAAGGAAAAAUUGGCGCUAAAAAGAAACAAGUGCAAAUUGAACCACCUCCACCACCCAAAAAACCUGAGAAGAAAGUACCAGAGGGGAGAAAAUAUGCACAGAUUGCACCAGAAUCUAUUAAAAUUAAGGGUGAAUGUGUUGGAGUUGAUGACUUGGAUGAUGCCGUAGCAAAAGCUUUGAGUGAAGAAGUUAGUUACAGGCUAAGGGAAAUUAUUUCAAAAAGUACUAUUUACAUGCGUCAGACCAAGAGCACCAAACUAAGCAGAGCCCACUUGAAGAGUGUGUUUGUUGCAAAUGAUUUGGAAUAUAAUUUAGGCCAUCUAACACCACCUUCAUUCAAUUUGCUUGAAGGACCAGAAAUUUUUGUCCAGCUGGAUUCAACCGAUAAUCUUGAAGAAAUGGUUUAUUCUAAUGAAGAAUUAGAGCAAUUUCAACCAAAAAUAGCAGGUAAAAUUGUACUUCCAGACAAAAGAGUUAAACCUGCUGAUCCAAAUAAGAAAACAACAAAUGGGACUGAAUCCCUUGAAGGUAAGACCGUUGUUCCAGAUAAACAGUCAAAAUCUACCGCAGCAAACAAGAAACAGGAGACAGAGCCAUUGGAAGCUUUGGGGUUACGAAAGGUUGCUAAGACCUGAAUCUUCAGUCACCAUUGUCAGCAUUUGUCAUUGAACCAUAUCAAAAGAUUUGAAAGAAAUUUUAGCUCUCUUUAAAGUGCUGUUGCAGCAUAUGCAGAAAGAUAGAGCUUGCAGUUAUUGUGGAGCAUGAUUGAAGAAUAAUUAUGCAGUCACAGAAAAAGAAAAGCAGUAUAUAAACAUAAAAAUUCUGAGGAGAUAAUAUUAUGUAAUUCAUCAGCUUCUCCCAGUGUACUUCAUGUUGAAAUAGUCCACAGAUGAACUACUCAGUGUCAGUGCGCUGAACGUGGACAUCAGGCAGUUCACUCGUGAACUAUUUUGACAACGUAAUAUUUCAUUGACAUUUAUAAAUGUUGUGUAAUAUAACAGAACUUACAUUUACAAUUGUGAUCAUGAAGCAAGUGGAUAUCCUUAUGAGUUACAGGACAUACAGGUUACACUGCUGUAAAUUAGAUAAUUAGGUUUUCAGUUUGUCUUCCUAGGUUAAAGUAAUAUCAUGGAUCACGGUGAGAAUGGGUAACAUAGUGUUUAGAGGCUAUCAAACUCAAGUGUGUUUGGCCACAUUUAAUGACACUGCUCAUCUUUAUUCUAACUUCGAUGUUUUACUACACGUCUCAUUACAGUAGUAACUGUAUUUGCUGCCUAUCAUUCUGUAUUAUAAUAUUUCAAAGACAUCUCUGGAGUUCAUCAUUCUUUAGUAAAAUUGUACUGAAUAUGCUUAUUAAUACAUUUAAAAUGUUGCCAAAUGCAUUAAAGUGGUAUUAGACGUAAAAAUGCUGGAUUAUUAUUUUUAGUGUAGAGUUAUCUACAUAAUGGACUCGUUCAGUGUGAAAAAUUGCGCUAAAAGAUUUGAUAUUUUGUUAAUUUUAUUUAUGUAUUUAUUUAUUUCCCUCUUGUAAAAUGUCAGGACUUCACUUAGAUAUAACUAGAAUUAACACUUUUCACACCUCAAGUAAGAUAAUUGUGCAGAAGGAAGUAUUUUCACAAAGAAAUAUUUUUAAAA